GUUGUUGUUGAAGCGAGCGCUCGCCCCCCUUUAGGAUGGAGCCGGGGGACGAGGCGGAGGAGGAGGCGUCGUCUCCCGGAGGCGGCGAGGACGGCUUCACGGCGGAGCACCUGGCGGCCGAGGCCAUGGCGGCCGACAUGGACCCCUGGCUGGUCUUCGACGCCCGCAGCACCCCGCGGGCGGAGCUGGCCGCCUGGCUGGCCGCCUACCCGCCCUCCCGGGUCUCCCGCUACGGGGGACCCAGCGGCCCCAACCCCCAGCCCGUGGGCUGGAUCGCGGCCUACGGGCCGGACUACGCGCCCGGGGCCGGCGACGUCCAGGGGCUCCAGGUGGCCUGGGAGGCCCUGCAGGCCGGCGGCCGCCCCGUCACCCCGGCCACCCUGCAGGACCUGGCCCUGACCCACCGGGUCCUCACGGGCAAGUGGCUCAUCUACCUGGCCCCCGGCUUCAAGCUGGACCACGCCUGGGCCGGCAUCGCCCGGGCCGUGGUGGCCGGGAAGCUGCGGGUGGCCAAGGUGAGCCCCCGGGGCGGCCACGGGGAGCGGCAGGUCAUCUGCGUCUACACCGAGGACUUCACGGACCGGGCGGGCGUGCUGGAGGCCGACGCCGCCAUCCGGGCCGCCGGCGUCAAGUGCCUGCUCACCUACAAGCCGGACGUCUACACCUACCUGGGCAUCUACCGGGCCAACCGCUGGCACCUCUGCCCCACCCUCUACGAGAGCCGCUACCACCUGGAGAGCCGGCCCCGCUGCUCCCGGGUGCUGGACCGCGCCCGCAACGUGGAGCUCACCUAGGCGGGGGCCGGGGGCGGCACGGGGAGAGGACACCUGCGCGGCGGCGGCGCUCACGACGUCCCCCCUCCCCGCGUGUGAUGCACCGUGUACUCCUGAACCCCCCCACCCCGUCCCUCGGGAGGGUCCGCUCCUCCCUCUCCUCGCCCAUCCAGAAGGGAAGAGCCCCCGCGCUGGCUCCUGUUCCCGGGAGCAAGGUCGGCUUCCCUUCCGGGUCUUCCCGUCCCUGCUGCUAAAAAUGUCAGGGAGGAAACCCGGCCCUCUCGGAAGCAGAUCCCCUCUCCCCGCCGCCUCAGCUCCGUUCCCCAGCUCUUCCCCCCGUUCUCUCCCUCGGUUUCCCUCUCCGCUCCCACAGCCGGGUGGAGAGGGGAGCGCGGGGCGUGUUGGGAAUCGCGACCCUGUUUGGCUUGGGAGGAAACCCGGCCCUCUCGGAAGCAGAUCCCCUCUCCCCGCCGCCUCAGCUCCGUUCCCCAGCUCUUCCCCCCGUUCUCUCCCUCGGUUUCCCUCUCCGCUCCCACAGCCGGGCGGAGAGGGGAGCGCGGGACGUGUUGGGAAUCGCGACCCUGUUUGGCUUGGGAGGAAACCCGGCCCUCUCGGAAGCAGAUCCCCUCUCCCCGCCGCCUCAGCUCCGUUCCCCAGCUCUUCCCCCCGUUCUCUCCCUCGGUUUCCCUCUCCGCUCCCACAGCCGGGUGGAGAGGGGAGCGCGGGGCGUGUUGGGAAUCGCGACCCUGUUUGGCUUGGGAGGAAACCCGGCCCUCUCGGAAGCAGAUCCCCUCUCCCCGCCGCCUCAGCUCCGUUCCCCAGCUCUUCCCCCCCAAACGCUGCCGUUUUCUCCCUCGGUUUCCCUCUCCGCUCCCACAGCCGGGUGGAGAGGGGAGCAUGGGGCGUGUUGGGAAUUGCGACCCUGUUUGGCUUGGGAGGAAACCCGGCCCUCUUGGAAGCAGAUCCCCUCUCCCCGCCACCUCAGCUCCGUUCCCCAGCUCUUCCCCCCCAAACGCUGCCGUUUUCUCCCUCGGUUUCCCUCUCCGCUCCCACAGCCGGGUGGAGAGGGGAGCGCGGGGCGUGUUGGGAGUCGCGACCCUGUUUGGCCUGGAGCAGGAGAAGCGGAGGUGGGGUCUGACCCCCAAAAUGGUGAUCUCUACACUCCCCCCGACCCUGGACUGAGACCACAGUUCCCCCUUCCUUUCCUUCCUUUCAAUAAAGACCAGUGAGGUCCCUUCACUUUUU